AUGGAGGCUGGGUCAGGGACUCCAGUACUCGUGCGGCGCCCGCGGACUCCAGUACUCGUGCUCGGAACUCAGUCGCUUGGGCUCGAGGCGUUAGUGCCCGUGCUUGGAUUCCCUGCACUUGCGCCUGAAUGCGGGUACAUCAAGGCUGAGCCCGGGACCACAUUGCUCCUGCACCAGAAGCACCAGUUGCAGCUUCUACAUAAGUUGCAUGGCGGAUCUUCCCUCCCCUGCAUCGAUUUUCAAACUUUUGUUUCUCUAAGCGCUGCUCUCGAGUCUUCUUGGCACGAAAACGAUAUCGAUAAAGAAGAAGAAGAAGAAGAAGAAGAAGACAUGAACGUGUGCAGCAUUCUCGUGUUUCCACUCGUGCUCUUCCUCAUCGUCACCAAAACCUUGGCCCAGCCCUCCCAAGGCCCUCCAAGCCUCACCAAGAUCCUCGAAGACGCUGGCGGCUUCGAGGAUUUCCUCCGGCUACUCAAGACCACCCACAUGGCCGGCCAAAUCGCCACUCAGCUCCAGAACUCGAACGACGGCCUCACCAUCUUGGUCCCACCCGACCCCGCCUUCUCGAGCCUCAAGUCCGGGUCUCUGAACAGCCUCAGCAACAAGCAACUAGUGCAGCUGAUCCAGUUCCAUGUCAUCCCGCAGUGUCUCUCCAAGCCCUUGUUUCAGACCGUGAGCAACCCGUUGAGAACGCUGGCUGACGGCAAUAACGACGGCGCGUUCCCGUUGAAUGUCACUGUCGCCGGCAGUGAGCUCAAGGUGUCCACCGGCAUCAAUGAGGCGACCGUGGGCGAAUCGUUGUACUCAGGCAAUCAGCUGGCAGUUUACCGGGUGGACCAUGUUCUUCUUCCUCCGAGCAUCUUUCCACCACCUUCGGCGCCGGCGCCAGAGAAGCCUGAGAAGAAGCAGCCUGCCCCUUUGACGACCUCGUCUGCGCCGACGAAAACGAUCGAUGGCCAGAGCUCGCUGACCCUCGUAUUAGCUGCUGUGCUAUUGCUUCAUGGCUUGAAAUUUUAA